GAUAUUUUACAUUUUUUUAUAUUAAGUCUUCAAAAGCCAGUGUGUAUUUUACACUUACAGCACAUCUGACACAGCAACAUUUCAAGUGUUCAAUACCCGCAGGUGGCUGGUGGUGACCAUAUUGGAUGGUGCAGACAGAGGUUCCACCACUAGCUUCUCUGGGGGGGUGGAUGGGUGGGGUGGGAAGAGACAGGUCUUGGCCAAUAGGAACUAUCACCUCUGAUUAACCUCUGCUCCUGCCUGAAAAAAUCACUUCUGACAGAUGGCAGCUUAUCUACCUCUCACUCUAUUAACUCUUUCUCCUUAAAAACAAACAACCAAAAUGAUUACUAGCCAGAUGGGGUUCCUGGGAAGAGGCUUGCAGCCCACUGCGUAAUCUACCUCUUGUGGUUUUUUCCUGGGUUGGGAACUGCCAACAUUUUCACUUCUUUUCCUCAGUCUUUGCUGAGAAGGAUAUAAGCAGACCAUCAAGAGACCCCUCCAAGGCCAUGGCCUAAUGCUGGGCUUGUUACUCAGGCUCUCUCCUUGCUCCUUGGGCAGCUGUUCACAAAUCUGAAAAGACAGCCUCCCUUUUGGGCUCCUUCUCUGCCUCUCAGAAGGCCUCUGCUGGGCAUGGUCUCCAGGGGUGUACAAACUCAGCACGUGUAUUGACAGACAGGCUUCUGCCCUUUCCAGGCCGCUAUUUCCAGCUCUCUGGCUUUGUUUCACUUUCCCUUCUUAAUUAGAUUCUAGAAGAACAUAUCUUGAGGACCAACUGCCUCUCCUUUCCCCUACUCAGUUGGGAGUGGGAGAAAUAAUUUAGAACUUAUGAGGAGCAAGUUAAUCUACACAAGAAAGUCAGUCCAAGAGGGGAAACUUCUGGUAGGAUGUCCCCCAGAUCCUUUCCAGCAUCUUUAGUCUGACAACGUUCCUUCCUUUACAGAACUCGGUUCAUUCCAUCCUGUAGAGUGCUUUCUUGUUUUAAGAAUCUAAGACUUCAAUGUCAAGUGUCUACAAGACAGGUAGAGAGGUUUGGCUUCCGGGCAGCCAAAAAGAGAAGCAGCCUACUAGGCUUCCUCCAGCUUCCGGCCAAGUGAGAGGGUCAGGAACCAGAUUCUGGGAGACUCGGCUUUAGGAAUUCCUGUUCCAGUUUUGCGCUAGAGCUAAGAAAAAAACUAUUUGAGGUUGGCUGGGGUCAAGAAAGGUUCAUCCUAUAUACAAUCAAGCCGGGAAGUCAGUCCCCAGAUCUGAGGAAAGAGAUCCUUUAGAGACCCUCCCGAGUUUACUCCUCAGCUUCAGAGCGGCGCCCACAAGGCUUCCCUCUGCCCUUCCCCCGGGCUGGAGAGGGCCGGGCUUGGGGGCGGGGCCUCACAGGCGCGCGCGACCCGUAGCCUUGACGACCGCGACAAGAUGGCGACGCUGCAGGGCGGGCUUCUGGGGUCCGACCCCGGGGCGCUGAGCCCCGCGCAGCUGGAGCAGCUGCGUAACUUCAAGAUUCAGACUCGGAUUGCUAACGAAAAGUACCUAAGGACUCACAAAGAAGUGGAGUUGCUCAUAAGUGGUUUCUUCAGAGAAAUGUUUUUGAAAAGACCAGACAACAUCCAAGAAUUUGCUGCAGGGUCAUCUGGAAGCAAGAGAGCCCUGCUGCCAUCACUGUGGGUUUCCAAGCUUCCUUGGGCUCUGUCUGUUGUUGCAAAGCUUUUAAAAAUACUCAUUAAAAACAGACCUUGCUGCUCUCUGUGCGUUGUUUCACUCAAGAGAGGAAGACAUCCUUCAUGGGAGGGCUGCUCUGCCCCUACUGUGACCUGGUAGACAGCAGGCCUGUUUCUCUGUCCGUGGCAGCCCGUGGGCCUCUCAGCUGGGU